ACGUUUUCCUUUCUUCUUCUUUUUUAUAUUUUUUCUCAACCGCAAUUCCAUUUCUUCCGUUCGGAGGUCUUUCCAUUCUCACUUCCAAAGGCUCCCCAACCAACACAUCUUAUCUGGAAACUUUCCCUGACUCAUUUUCUUUCCAUAUUUUCCCGAGAAUCUAUCACCUAGAUCCUCAGUUGAACCCGUUUUCUUUCGAUCCAGUGUUCGUUAUAAAUGCUUGUAUUGUUUAUUAUUAGGUGAGAGGAAGUGGGCUCGACACUGGAUAUAUAUAUAUAUUGAUUGAGGAUGGACUACCGCGCCAAGGUGAAUGGACUAUGCUCGUCGGAAUCGGCGAAUGGGAGUCGUGAUGUUUGGAGUUGUAAGGAGUCCGAUUCUUCUUCUGCUGAUCAUCUUGUCGUCAUGGUUCAUGGUAUCCUUGGAAGUUCUGCAGACUGGAAGUUCGGAGCUGAGCAGUUUGUUAAAGAACUACCUGAUAAAGUUUUGGUCCAUCGCAGUGAAAAGAAUAUGUUUAAACUGACUCUUGAUGGCGUGGAUGUUAUGGGUGAACGAUUAGCUGAUGAGGUCCUUGAAGUUAUUCAGAGAAAGUCAAAUCUGCGCAAGAUCUCCUUUGUUGCACAUUCUGUGGGAGGACUAGUGGCAAGAUAUGCAAUUGGGAGACUUUAUAGAGCACCUACUAGAGAAACUACAAAGGACUCAUCAACUAAUACGUGUAAAGGGGAUUUAAGGGGUACAAUAGGUGGCUUGGAGGCUAUGAACUUCAUAACUGUUGCCACACCUCAUCUUGGUUCAAGGGGUAAUAAGCAGGUACCAUUUCUUUUUGGUGUACCUGCCUUUGAGAAAGUUGCAAGUUGCGUCAUUCAUUUGAUUUUUAGGAGAACAGGUCAACAUCUUUUUCUGAAUGAUGAUGAUCAAGGAAGGCCUCCACUUCUUAAGCGGAUGUUGGAAGACUAUGGUGAUUUAUAUUUCAUGUCUGCAUUGCGUACAUUCAAACGUCGAGUGCUGUAUUCAAAUGUGUGUUACGACCAUAUUGUGGGCUGGAGAACAUCUUGUAUAAGACUAGAUAACGAACUGCCAAAGUGGGAGGAAAAUUUUAAUGGGAAGUAUCCACACAUUGUAUAUGAAGAACACUGUAAAGCAGUUGAUGCUGAUCAGGUCGAGUCUCUUUCUGCAGAAGAUGAUGGCUCUGAUAAGAUAGAAGGUUGCAACCAAAUCUAGUAAUCUUUGUUUAACAACUAUGAUUUUGGUCUAUUAUUCUGUAUACACUAAUUGUGGAUGCCCCUCCCAACUUCACUGGUUUUCUUCCUGUCUGUUGUUAAGUAUUUCUGUCUACAUCUGGUUGAGCAUCAUGAGUAUUCCUUCACUUUGUUCUCCUAUUGUGAAGUCAUUUUCAUCAUCACUCAAAGACAUUUUGUUACCAUAACCAGCCUAAGAAAAUUAGUAUUGACUAAGCCAAAGGAAACUAAUAUAGGAAAAAAAACAUCUGCGUAGCUGAGCUAAUGAUAAAGAAUUAAAGUUUAAAAUAGUUCUGGUCUCUUGGCUGGCUUUUCUUUUCUUUUCUUUUUUUUAAUAUAUAUAUAUUUUCUUAAUUGCCUUGUGAUAAUGGGCAGGGGAAUUGGUGAGAGGAUUAUCCCGUGUUUCAUGGGAAAAGAUAGAUGUUAGUUUUCACAGAAGUCGACAGAGGCUUGCUGCUCAUAGUAUCAUUCAGGUCAAAGAUCAAGUGAUGCAUAUAGAAGGUGCAGACGUCAUUCAGCAUAUGAUUGAUCAUUUUCUUACUUGAAAACUUAUAUUCUUGGAGGCCAUACAGCACAGCUAGGGACAUGAAACUCCUCUUGGGGUUUUCAAUCAAUUUUCAGGUUUAAUUCUCAAGAUCAAUGACCAUGAAGACCUGGCAAACAUCAAUCAGAAAGAAAUUCCAUUUGUUGAUUCUGAAUGUAUGAACACAAACAAGUAUUUGGGUCAGUUCUUCUCUAAGCUGUAAUGAUAGGCCUCUAUAAAACAUAAACUAUAAUGUAAUAAUAUUAUUACAUUCCACAUAAGAAAUUUCACCAAUAACU